AUGGCUUCCUGUUUAGAGAGGGACCUCUCCUGCCCGGUCUGCCGUGAGAUCUUUGCGGAUCCGGUGGUCCUGUCGUGCAGCCACAGCUUCUGUAGAGCCUGUGUGCAGAAAUGGUGGCGGGAGAAAGAAACCUGUGAGUGUCCAGUGUGUAAAGAACGGUCUGUGCAGAGCGAUCCGCCUGCAAACCUGGCGCUGAGGAACCUGUCGGAGACCUUCCUCCUGGAGCGAGCUCGCAAGCUCCCAGCGGAGGUGUGUGGUGUGCACGCGGAGAGGCUCAGGCUCUUCUGCUUGGACCACCGGCAGCCGGUGUGCGUCAUCUGUCGAGACUCCAAAACACACACAAAUCACAAGUUCAGACCCAUCGAUGAAGCUGCACAGGACCACAGAGCGGAGCUGCAAGAAGCCCUGAAACCUCUGCAGGACAAACUGCAGCUCCUUAAACAAGUCAAAGAAAGCUGUGAGCUGAUGGCAAAGCACAUCAGGGUCCAGAGCCGAAACACAGGGAAGCAGAUCAAGGAGCGGUUCAAGAAGGUCCGUGAGUUCCUGCAGAAGGAAGAGGAGGCCAUGAUGGCUGCUCUGAGGGAGGAGGAGAAGCAGAAGAGUAAAAAGCUGGUGGAGCAGACGGAGGCUCUGAGCAGAGACAUUUCAGCUGUGUCCGACGCGGUCAGAGCCGCAGAGAAGCAGCUGAGAGCUGAGGACGUCUCCUUCCUGCAGAACUACAAGGCCGCAGCGGAGCGAGUGCGGCAGCGCCCCCUGCUGGACGACCCACAUCUGGCCUCUGGAGCGCUGAUAGACGUGGCCAAACAUCUGGGCAACCUCACCCACAACAUCUGGAGGAAGAUGGAAGUAAUGGCCCCCUACAGCCCAGUGAUCCUGGACCCGAACACCGCUCACCCAGGCCUGGUUCUGUCUGAAGACCUGACCAGCGUGAGCCCUGAAGACUCGCGGAAGCUGCCCGACAACCCAGAGAGAUUUGCCCGUUUGGGCGUCGUCCUGGGCUCCGAGGGCUUCGACUCCGGCUGCCACCGGUGGGACGUGGAGGUGGGCGGCGCUGCCGGCUGGGUCGUGGGCGUGGCGCCUCAGUCCGUCCAGAGGAAGGGCGUGGGGGCGGGGCUGUGGCGCGUCGGGCUGCGGGACGGUGAAUACGCGGCCGUGUGCGCGUCGGACGCACGCGUUCCUCUGCCGCUGACGACGAAGCUGCAGAGGAUCCGAGUGCAUCUGGACUGGAACCGAGGGCGUCUGUCCUUCAUCGAUGCUGAAACCGACACAGACCUUCACACCUUCACACACACGUUCACCGAGAAGCUGUUUCCGUUCUUUAGCAGUGAGAAUAAACUCCAAAUAACGCAAAAAUACACAAACACGCUGCAGUUCGUUCAUGACAUUCAUCAGUGAAGGGGAUUUGAGGUGAUGAUGUACUUUCCACUGGGCUGAUGUGUGACCCUUAAAACACGUGUGACCUAAAGUCACCGAUCUAUUCUACGUCCUGGCUCUUUGUGUUUGUCAGUAAAGGUGUUUUCAAUUCUUUUAUCAGUUUAAAUUUACUUCCUGAGGCAAAUGCAUUUUGUAGAAACAGAUGGAUUUGACUAAACAUGUUUAAAAUAAAUGAAAUAUAUAUUG